AUGUCGACUUGCCAGAACCUCCCCCGUCUCACGGAUUCUAUCCACCCAUUCGUGUCAAAAAGCUACCUCGAACAACGACCACCACUCUUGCACAGUUGCGCCUCCUUAGCGCGCUGUUCGAAGUCCGAGUUCAUCCUCGCCUCUGGCAUCGAGCAGCUUUCCGCUCAACGUUCCUUUCACUCCGACCGCACUGCUUCCCAUGACACGCCUGCACCUCGCGCUCGCUCCAUAGCUCCUAGUGGUAACUCGGCGGCAGAGCAGCCCUCGGCCCACUUGAUCACCAUGCAGCAACGCACCGAGGCAGCGAGAGUGACCCUGCCGCCCCUCACCGCGCUUACCGCUUCCAUCAUCCCAGACCAGCGACGUCACCUUCGGUCCCCCAAGAACGCCGUGUCACACGACCUCGGCAUAUUUGACCGUCCAGGGCCGUCGCACGAAGACGAGACGUUAAGAGCCGGCCUGAAGGCCCCCAGCGCAAGUGCAAGCUUUUUCCGACCGUUGUCUGAUCGCCGCCAUCCUGCCGACGAUAUCGCCACUUCUGCGUCCCGAUCCAUCUCGAACUCCUCGCACCCGCCGACGAGUGACGGACCGCAUUCACACAGCUCGGCACCAGAACCUCCAUCCUCGCGCACCGCGCGCCACCUUCAAGUUUCACCGCCAUCAAUGUUGCAUACCAGCCGCGCGCCUCUGGACUCCGGCCGCCCCCGAGCUUAUUCGUCCCCUCACAGGCCCAAAUUGCCCAGCCAGGAAAGGAGGUCGUCUCUUGCUGCCGACCAUUCCAAUUUGGAUCGUCUCUUGGACGGUCUCAUCUACGUGCAGGACAUCAACAGACGUCUCGGACUCAGCACCGGGCGCCCGCCGUCGCCGUCAAUCUUGCGAAGCUCCGAGGCUCUGCGCAUGUUGCGCAACAACAUUCAAGCAGAGCUCGAGUGUAUGGCCGAGUUUUCCCAGAGCCGCGCACAGUCAGUCGCACAACACCUUGAGAUCCCCUUUUCCUCGUCGACUUUCUCAAGCGCACGUCGAGAUGGAUCAUCGCACCAAGGCACCCCUGCGAUGAUGCGGCCGAUAGACCCCCGGCCUCCCUGGGAUGCUUCUUGGCCAGCUGUCGACCCCGCAGAGAGGCCACCCUCCUCCCUUGGACGGCUCACCCUGGAGGAUCAGCGCCGUGAAAUUGCAUACCGGCAUCCUCUUCCAGAGCGCGAGGUGGAAUUCGAAGAUGGUCCUAGCGAGCUGCGCGCGAGCGGCCUCAGCAUGCAUGCCAACCAUCUGAUCCAUCACGACCCGACGCUCCGCUCGAUCUCUCGAUCGGCCUCUUUCGAACAGCCCCGAGCUAUUCAGCGUCGUCAGGCCGACCAUAGCCACUACGACCACGGCACUUUUCCGGAUUCGUCCCGGCCAGGAAUGGAAUACAGGCCACCGCACGACCACUCGAUUCAGCACGCCUACGCGCACGGUGGGCCAACGUACCUUCCACAUGCCCAGGAAACCCGUCAACAGCAGCAGUUGGAGCUGCUGGAUCGCAGGAGGCUGACCGGCAAAGGAAUGAAGAGGGUCAGGAAACGCAAGAACGAACACCAUCAGGAGUGUCUUGGAUGCCAGGCAAAGGAGACACCCGAGUGGCGCAAGGGUCCAAUGGGUCCACGUACCUUGUGCAACGCUUGCGGACUUCUGUACGCCAAGAUCUCCAAGCGGAAGCUGCAGGAAGCCGAAGCAGCUGCCAAAGCUACUGGGAGGACUGCAGAGGAAAUCGUGCGCGAGCGCGAGGAAUCGCCAGGAGCCAAGCAAGCUAGCCUGGAGGCUUUGCGUGCGGAGCUCAACGUAGCCAAUGGCGCGCGUCAACGCGCAAGCACCGCCUCCUUCCCCGCCACCUCGACCGGCGUCCCGUAUGGCUAUCACUUGGAGCCAGCAGCUACGCACACAAGCGACACCUGCACUGGCCCGAGCGAAUCGACACGCCCAACCUCCUCUGGACAUGCCCGGCCGACCCAGCCUCUUCUCGAUGUGCAGCCUUCUCGGCCUCCUCAGGAUUAUGAUCUGGCUUUCUCGCAUGAGCGAAGGCCCCUUCAUCAUGGUGUCCUCGUGCCCAGCUCGGCCGACCCAAGUGGUGCGGCAGAUCUCAGAGAUUUGCGCCCUGUUAGCAGCAGCGGCAUGCGAGCACGUCCGGCCGCUCAGGUUCCACUUGAUGCUCCGCGAAGGUGGGCAGACGAUUCCUACGUGGGAACCGCUUCGGCCGCUCCGCACGCGCCAGAGAAUGUCGAUCGCUUCGUGCAUCCACAGAGCACAAUGACCCGAUGCGGCUAUCCGAAGGAAGGCGUCAGGGUAGCAUCGGAUCACUCCGCGUUUCGUGAUAGCAGUCCGCCUCUGCUGUCGUCAUCCUCUUCCUCUGUCGCUUUCAGAAGAGGAUCUUCGGCGGCGAUGCUGGAAGACGGGAUGUACGGGCCAUUCUCCACGACCGCAGCUGACCACCGCGAGCGUCGACAUGGAUCGCCUUCCUUUGGCACGUCUUCGCCCUCGCCGCCUCAGCGCUACAGGCAGCUUCCGCCACAGCCUUUAAGUGCUCGUCGCCAUCAUCCUUACCUGUAA